GUCGCUACUAACUAUAAAGUCAUUAUUGACGUAUGCUUACCUUUGAGUUUCUGGCCUUCCACAUAUUGUUGGUAUUGAUUAUGUUGCGAGCACCAUUGAGCGCCAUUUUCAAUCUCAGCCUAAUCAAGCAUGGAGCGCACGUUCAUAAUGGUCAAGCCUGAUGGCGUUCAGCGAGGGCUUGUAGGAGAAAUUGUCCACCGCUUUGAAAGACGUGGCUAUAAACUAGUUGCUUUAAAAAUGACACAGGCAUCUGAACAGCUACUACAUACUCAUUAUGAGGCACUUAAAUCUAAACCGUUCUUCCCAAAGCUGAUUGCUUACAUGUCUUCUGGUCCAGUUGUGCCAAUGGUCUUUGAAGGGCAUAAGUUAGCUUUGCCUUCCAGGUUGCAGAUGAUCCUGACUUAUAUAGCACAUGGGCAUCAUGAAAUCUUGUUUUAAGUGUGAUAUUCUGAAUUUAUACUGCCAGCGUUUUCGUAUCUGAAUUCUAGCGGUCGCUCACCAAACUGUUGUUCUGACAAGUACACAAACGCUUCAGUAGUGUGGAUGGUAAGCCAAUCGAUCUGUCAGUCCUUCAUUGGACGAGAAUUCCAGUAUCUCAUCUCAACAAAGUGUGUGAGAACAGCAGACAUCUCGUGUCUGGUGAAGAGCUGAAGAUAUGUACCUUUCUGUGGAGCCUGAUGCAGGUUGACUCGUAAUUAAUACUAUCAAACGUUAGUUGAUAAUUGGACAUAAAACAUCAAUAUUCAAAGGGUUCUGAGAUGGGAAUAUUGAGCUUUCGCUACCACUGAGAAACUACUGGGGUAAAACUCGCCGGCAUAAUCUGCCCCCACGGGAUAGGAUGAAUAGAUCGGUUAUCAUCUCUUACCGGGGUUUUGAAUGUUUUGGUUUGAUGACUUUUCGAAGCAGGAGCUAGCUGGAUUUGUAGAGUGCUACAAGUGGUAUCUCAGGUAUGUGAGACAGGAUCAGUUAACGAAGUUAAAUACUCAUCCGACUAAGGCUAAGAGUAUGAUACUUCCAUUACAAUAAAAUUAUUUAUAUCAGGCACAAAGCUUGGUUUGACACAGAUGUGUGCUAAUAUCUGUUGACGGUGUAUUCGCGCUUUUUGGAAUCUCAACUAUCCGGAGCGAUCUAUUGUCGCUUUCAAGUAUUGUGUAUGAGCACUGCUCUCCUACUUCUCGGUUUGUGAAGUGUUUUCUUUACGAUUUUCGCUGUCAGCGACGCGAAACUCAAUGGGUAUCUUUAGGAGCUUUUUUAUUUACAGGUUGACCCCCAGAAAUGUAAUUUUACUCAUGUUUAUUUCUAGGCCUUUUAAGAUAGAUUGAUUUGACAAUUUAUUUUGUUUCUGUUCUAGGCUGUCGAAAAUGGACGUACUAUGUUGGGUGCUACCCAACCGGAAGCGAGUUGUCCCGGAUCCAUUAGAGGAGAUUUCUGUCAAGAUGUUGGGAGAAACGUGGUCCACGGAUCUGAUUCUAUUGAAAGUGCCAACAGGGAAAUAAGCUUAUGGUUUACUCCCCAAGAGCUCUGCCAAUACAAGCAAAACAUGGACCCUUGGAUCCACGAAUAAUUUUUAAAAUAAACUACACAGUUGAAUAAAAGUUCUUAGAUCGAGUCGAGAAUGUGCAUGGCUUUAAUCUUUGUGUCAAUGACGUGGGAUAUAGGAGUGCUGGUGGGUGAACUGUUAGCCGUUCAUAAGUUCGUUCGACAUUUUUUGUCACGCUUUUGUUUUGUUUCCACUGUUAGCUCUCGAAUAUCAUGAAUAAUUGGCGUUAACUACAUG